CAUUAGACCAUGCAAGGAAAAAAGAAAGAAAGAUUGAGAGCGAACCAGAGAUACUCUAAAUCGAAAUAGGAACCCUAACAAAUAACGUUUCCCCCCAUUUGGUGUUUCUCUCACCAACCCCCACCCCACCCCCCCUCUAACCCGCAGGACAGGCAGGCACAGCGGCCCUCGGGCUCUACUGCCUUCAGCUCUACUCGCCAACUAUGGCGUCAACCCUGGAAAUCGAAGCUCGCGACGUCAUUAAAAUUGUCCUUCAAUUUUGCAAAGAAAAUUCGUUGCACCAAACCUUUCAGACGUUGCAGAGUGAGUGCCAGGUUUCUUUGAAUACAGUGGACAGCCUUGAAACAUUUGUUGCAGAUAUUAAUAGUGGAAGAUGGGAUGCAAUAUUGCCUCAAGUGGCACAACUUAAGCUCCCAGAAAAGAAACUAGAGGAUUUGUAUGAACAGAUUGUUUUAGAAAUGAUUGAACUUCGGGAGCUAGAUACUGCGCGUGCUAUUUUGAGGCAAACUCAGGCUAUGGGUGUCAUGAAGCAGGAGCAACCUGAAAGAUAUUUGCGACUUGAGCAUCUUUUAGUUCGAACUUAUUUUGAUCCGCAUGAGGCAUAUCAAGACGUUACAAAAGAAAAACGUCGUGCACAAAUUGCUCAAGCACUUGCUUCUGAAGUGACUGUGGUCCCACCAGCACGGCUAAUGGCUCUAAUUGGUCAGGCUCUGAAGUGGCAGCAGCACCAAGGAUUACUUCCGCCGGGAACACAGUUUGACUUAUUUCGAGGAACUGCUGCUAUGAAACAAGAUGUAGAUGAUAUGUACCCUACAACCCCUGGGCACACAAUAAAGUUUGGGAAGAAAAGUCACCCAGAAUGUGCUCGGUUCUCCCCAGAUGGGCAAUUUCUUGUUUCUUGCUCUGUUGAUGGAUUUAUUGAGGUCUGGGACCAUAUUAGUGGAAAACUCAAAAAGGAUCUGCAAUACCAGGCUGAAGAAAGAUUUAUGAUGCAUGAGGAUGCUGUCCUUUGUGUUGAUUUCAGCAGAGAUUCAGAGAUGCUUGCAUCUGGGUCACAAGAUGGGAAAAUUAAAGUUUGGCGUAUAAGAACAGGCCAAUGCUUGCGCCGUCUUGAACGUGCACAUUCUCAGGGCGUCACCAGUCUUGCUUUUUCUCGAGAUGGAAGCCAGUUACUCAGUACAUCAUUUGACAGCACUGCAAGGAUCCAUGGCUUAAAGUCUGGGAAGUUGUUAAAGGAAUUUCGUGGCCAUACAUCCUAUGUGAAUAAUGCUAUAUUUACCAAUGAUGGAAGUUGUAUUAUUACUGCAUCCAGUGAUUGCACUGUCAAGGUCUGGGAUGCGAAGACCACAGACUGUUUACAAACAUUUAAGCCACCGCCUCCUUUAAGGGGAGGUGAUGCAUCUGUGAAUUCUGUUCAUCUUUUCCCAAAACAUGCCGAUCAUAUUAUUGUGUGUAACAAGACAUCAUCUAUAUACCUUAUGACACUUCAAGGACAGGUUGUGAAGAGUUUCUCUUCUGGUAAAAGAGAAGGUGGAGAUUUUGUUGCAUCUUGUCUUUCGCCUAAAGGGGAAUGGAUUUACUGUGUUGGAGAGGACAGGAAUAUUUACUGCUUCAGUCAUCAAUCUGGCAAGCUAGAGCAUCUAAUGAAGGUGCAUGAGAAGGAUGUAAUCGGUGUGACUCACCAUCCACAUUUAAAUCUUGUCUCCACAUAUAGUGAAGAUUGCACAAUGAAAUUAUGGAAGCCAUGAGUAUAUUAUUGGCCUGUAUCUUUUAUGUAUUUAUUUCUCUCUAGUUUAGAGCGACAUUUAGUUUUCAGUAACUCUUUCUUGUUGAUCUGGAAUUUUAUUGUAUUCUGGCUUAUUUAUGCACGAGGCCGUAGCAUAUAUGAUGAGGUAAUUUCCUAGGAAGUCAGUGCUCAUACCCUGUAUUUUUCUCACAAGAGAUCAGAAUUUGCUUCUGUAGUUUUCAGAUUAAAUAGCAAUCUCUUUAUCUCUAAGCUCAAGCUUUGUACAUUUAUUCCUUGAUUAUAAGAAAGAAAUACAUUUUUCAAUGUA